AUGGCUAGAAACGCGCUCCUGUCGCGGCUUAGAACUACACCUACUGCCUGCAUUCUGUUUGGUAGACUUCUCUUCAUUGCGGUGUCUGUGACAGGGAGCGCAUCUGCGCAAGCCUUUGACAGCUAUGGAUUAUCAUACGCCCUGAGAUCGGAACUUUCAGAGGACGCAAUAUUGGUGGCUAACAACGGAAUACACGUGCCAUUCGGAAGAUCAGUUUUUGUUGACCCCAUCAACGAUUUAGUAAUCCAAGUUCAGCCGGGAGACAGGUGCAGUAUAACUGUUCUUGACAAUGAUCCGCUCUCACAGAGACCGGGGCAGCUCUCUCCAAAAAAGUUUCCUUGUGAAUUCGGCCCCAAUGACGUGAAGUACUCGCAUUUCGGCGCCAGGAGCCCUUCAAAGGACAGAGUGCGUUUACAGCUCAGGUAUGAUACUCAAACUGAUACUGUAAUCAUACCCUUUAUGAUGGAAGUUGAGGUCGUUUUUACGCAGUUGGAAAUAUUAACUAAAAAUAUGCCACUUAUUGUAGACAAGCUGCUUGGCAGUAGUAACCCUAUUGACAAAAAAAUUUUAGAGUUCACUUUUGACAGAAAUUCACAGCAGUGUAAGGUAUCAUCUUUAGCUAGUGGAAGUGUGUUGCCCAGGUAUGGGAAGCUCAUUGAUGAGGCAAAGCUGGGGAAAAUGCUGGACUGUGAUGAAUUGACCAAGUUAGGUAUUCGCUACCAGCACACAUUUACCCACAAGUCUCCAAAUAGGGAUUAUAUUCCAAUGAUUGUGGAAUUACUAGAUAAAGAAGGCAACCUGCUGAAACAGGAGCUUUUCCAAAUUAUGGUGCGUAUACGAGAGGGAGAGGAAAACACCGUCCCAAAACCCAGUUUUGUGGCAAUGAUGAUGAUGGAAGUUGACCAGUUUGUUAUGACAGCUAUAACCUCUGACAUGCUGGCAGCAGAGGAUGCUGAAUCCAAUCCUGAUGAUUUAAUCUUUAACAUCACCUCACCCCUCUCCUUUGAGGAGGGCUACAUUGUCAGCACAGAUGACAGAAAUUUACCAAUCACAUCUUUUUAUCAAGGUGACCUCAAGGACCUGAAAAUAGCCUAUAAGCCCCCCUCUGUGGACUCUGACACAGAGAGGAUUUUCCAGAUUGAGUUUGAGGUGGUGGACACUGAGGGGGCUGUCUCUGACCCCUUUGCUUUCAUGAUUGUGGUGAAGCCCAUGAACUCGCUGGCCCCCGUGGUAACCAAAAACACUGGGCAGCUUUUGUACGAAGGGCAGUCCAGGCCACUGUUCAGCUCGCACAAUCUGGAAAUCAGUGAUGAGGACAAUCUGGACAAUGUGAGAGUAACUGUAAUUGAUGGGCUACGGCAUGGAGAGCUCACUGUCCUUGGCUCCAAAAGAAAAUAUUUCACCCCAGCUGACCUAGACGCCGGCGUAGUCAUCUAUCAGCAUGAUGGCAGCGACACGUACAGUGACAACAUUAUUUUCAGGAUGACCGACGGCAAAAAUGAGGUAGAGUUUCUUUUUCCCAUCACCGUUGUGCCAACUGAUGAUGAGCCUCCAAUUAUUAAUGCCAACACUGGGCUGGUGCUGUUCAAGAAUCAGAUGAUGCCAAUUUCUCCUCUGAUGCUCAGUGCUGCUGACAUUGAUUCAGAAGAUUCAACGAUUAAGUUCACAAUUGAGCCACCCUUCUCAGCUAUUGGAGAGGUUUUGCUGCGCCAGGCCGAGGCCCCAGAAGACCCCUCAUCGUGGAAAUUCAGCGCCAGCGAUCAGAUGUAUGAGAAAGUGGUGAGUGAGUGGCUGCAGCAAGACAUUACUGAUGGGAAACUGUUUUACCGCCACAUAGGGCCCCACAGCACUGACACAGUCAUUGAUCAGUUCGUGUUCCGAGUUCAAGACGAUAACGACCCACCCAACCAGUCAGGCGAGAGCAGCUUUAUAAUAAGGGUCCUUCCCAUUGACGAUGUUCCACCUGAGCUCUUCCCUGGCACCACUCUGCAAAUGACAGUGCAUGAAUACCAGGUGACGCACCUCCGGAAGCAAUUUCUGCGGUACACUGAUCUGGAUUCAGAGGACCGGGAUCUGAAAUAUACCAUCAUUAAGCCACCAACAGACACGGACGAGAAUAACCCUGUUAUCCUGGGGUCCAUUGUUUUAACAGAAAGCCCUGACACUGAGGUCACUGAAUUCACCCAGGCACAAGUAAACCACCACAAAAUUGCAUAUAAUCCCCCUGACCUAGAGCUAGGAAUCACUGCCCAUGUGGUGCAGUUUCGCUACACUGUUGAAGACAAUGCAGGGAACAGUGUAGAGGGCACCUUCACUAUAUUUCUGCAGCCGGUCGACAACAAGCCUCCCCAGAUAACCAACACUGGCUUCACUGUCUUUGAGCGAGGUUCUCACAUCAUGUCAAGUGCAGAACUGGACACCACUGAUGCUGACACUGACAGCAAACGGAUAUCCUUCACUCUCAGCCAGCUUCCACAUCACGGACAGGUGCAGCACACAUUCUCUGACCUGGCUAAAGGGGAUGCUUUCAACUUGGAGGACAUUUCCAGUGGCAGAAUCUCCUACAUGCACAAUGGGGAUGAGUCCACAAGUGACUCAUUCCAGUUAGAUGUCAGUGACGGUGUGCAUGUUGUUACUGUCACUGUCAAAGUGACUGUGAAGCCCGUAGAUGACGAAACACCAACCAUCAGUUUGCCGCCUGGUACCAUUGGGUCUCAUAUUGAUGUCUUAGAAAACGGCGCCACCGAGAUCACGACCAAUGUCAUCCAAGGGAGGGACGAGGACACUGAUGACCUCAUGCUGACCUUCAUUGUUGAAGACAUCCCCAGACUGGGGCAAAUCCUUGUGAAUGGAGUUCCUUCUGAUAGAUUUACACAAGCCGACAUCAUAAAUGGGUUGGUGGUGUAUGCCCACACGAGUGGAGAGAUUGGCCUCACGACAAAGAUGGAUUCCUUCAAUCUGACUCUCACCGAUAUGUCAGACGAGUGGAGUGUAGGUGGCAAUAGAGUGAAUGGGGUCCGUGUCCAGGUUACCAUCCUCCCAGUGGACAGCCAAGCCCCAGUGGUCACCGUGGGCCCGCAGUUCAGUGUUGUAGAAGGGGAGAAAAAUGUUAUAGAUAUCAGCCAAUUAAGUGCUGAGGACAAUGACACGCCCAGCGAUGACAUACUCUGCACGAUCAUUGUCCAGCCCACAUCUGGCUACCUGGAAAACAUCGCACCUGCCCCAGGUUCAGAGAAGUCACGCUCAGGGACAGCAGUCAGUGCUUUCACCAUCAAGGACAUCAGAGAAGGGCACAUGUAUUACGUGCAGAGCAUCCACAAAGGAGUUGAGCCAGUGGAGGACAGGUUCACAUUCAGGUGCUCUGAUGGCAUAAACUUCUCUGAGAGACAUUUCUUCCCCAUUGUUAUCAUUCCGGCCAAUGAUGAAAAGCCUGAGGUAUUCUUGAGGGAGUUUGUGGUGAUGGAGGGCAUGAACAUUGUCAUCGACACACCCAUUUUGAAUGGUGCAGAUGCUGAUAUCCCUUCCGAUGAGCUAACAUUCAUUAUCACUAAACCUCCCAAGCAUGGUUUUAUCCUCAACCAGUUAACUACUGGCUCAGUUCCUAUCACCAACUUUACCCUUGACCAGAUUAAGGAGGCUUCUAGCAUUGUUUAUGAGCAUGAUGACUCGGAGACCACAGAAGACAGCUUUGACGUCAUUCUCACCGAUGGGAAAUUUACAGUGGAGAAAACGGCUAUGAUCAUGAUCAUUCCAGUUGAUGAUGAAACCCCAAGGUUAGCUAUCAAUGACGGUCUAGAAAUUGAGAUUGGUGAAACCAAGAUAAUCAACAACAAAGUCUUAAAGGCUGUUGACUUAGACUCUGAAGAUGACAAGUUGACAUAUAUAAUUCGAUAUGGACCUGGACAGGGCCUCUUACAAAGGAAAACACCUUCUGGGAUCUUGGAAAACAUCACCAUUGGCAUGAACUUCACCCAGAGUGAAGUGAACCAGGAUCUCAUCGUGUACAUUCACAAUGGACAAGAGGGUGUUCGAGAUCUUGUAAAAUUUGAUGUCACAGAUGGUGUCAACCCCCUCAUUGACAGGUACUUUUACAUUACUGUUGGCAGCAUUGACAUGGUGUUCCCAGAUGUGGUGAGCAAAGGUGUCUCUCUCAAAGAGGGAGGGAAAGUAACUCUCACCACAGACUUGCUCAGCACCACUGACCUAAACAGCCCAGAUGAAAACCUGGUCUUCACCAUCACCAGAGCCCCCGUGAGAGGGCACCUGGAGUGCACGGACACACCCGGGAUGCCAAUCGUGUCCUUCACGCAACUCCAGCUGGCGGGCAGCAAAAUAUACUACAUCCACACCUCCGACGACGAAGUGAAGAUGGACAGCUUCGAGUUUGAGGUCACCGAUGGCUACAACCCAGUGUUCCGCACGUUCCGCGUGUCCAUCGUGGAUGUCGACAACAAGAAGCCCGUUGUCACAGUGCAUGGGCUGCUGGUGACAGAGGGAGAGAACAAACUCAUCACGCCGUUCGAGUUGACAGCAGAGGACCAGGAUUCGGUGGACCACCUGCUGAAGUUCACUGUCACCCAGGUGCCCGUCCACGGCCGGCUGCUCUACAACAACAGCCAGCCCAUCACCUCUUUCACCAAGCAGGACCUCAAUGAGAACCUGAUCAGCUACAAGCAUGACGGCACGGAGUCGGCUGAGGACAGCUUCUCUUUCACCGUUACGGACGGCACUCACACUGACUUCUACGUCUUCCCCGACACUGUGUUCGAGACCCGUAAGCCACAGAUGAUGAAGAUCACCAUUGUGUCUGUGGACAAUGGUGUGCCACAGAUUGUGGUCAAUAAGGGUGCCCCAACUUUGAGGAUCCUGUCGACGGGUGAUCUAGGGUACAUGAUCACCAGUAAGGCACUGAAGGCAGAGGACAGAGACAGUACCCAUGCAUCCCUAAUCUUCAGGAUAACGCUGGGCCCAGAGCAUGGCUACCUCAUCGACCUUGGCAAAGGCAACGCCAGCAUCACUGCAUUCACCCAAGCUGACAUUAAUGAUAUGAAGAUCUGCUAUGUGCUGAGAGAAGGGGACAAUGCCACAACUGAUAUUUUCCACUUUUCCGUGGAGGACAAUGGUGGCAACAAGCUGAAGAACCAGGUGUUCCGUUUGAACUGGGCCUGGAUCUCCUUGGAGAAGGAGUACUAUGUGGUGGAUGAAGAUGCCAAGUUCCUGGAAGUGCUGCUGAAACGCAGGGGCUACCUUGGGGAGACCUCUUUCAUCAGCAUUGGCACCAAAGACGGCACCGCGGAAAAGGACAAAGACUUCCGGGGAAAGUCACAGAAGCAAGUCCAGUUCAACCCGGGUCAGACAUCGGCCUCCUGGAGGGUGCGGAUGCUGCCGGAUGAUGAGUUUGAGCGGUCGGAGACCUUCCAUAUUGUCCUGUCAGAGCCUGUGAUGGGGGCGCUGGAGUUCCCGGCGGUGGCCACCGUGGAGAUCCUGGACCCAGCUGACGAGUCCACAGUUUUCAUCACUCAGUCCACCUACGCCAUUGAAGAAGAUUCUGGGGAGGUGCUGAUCCCAGUGCACAGGGGUGGAGAUGUCAGUCAGGAGCUCAUGGUCGUCUGCUACACACAGCAAGCCACUGCCACGGGCACCAUUCCAAGUGCUGUGCUGUCAUACUCGGACUACAUUUCCCGGCCAGAGGAUCACACCAGCAUCCUGCGCUUUGACAAGGGCGAGACAGAGAAGCCCUGCCGCGUGGUCAUCAUUGAUGACUCGCUCUACGAGGAGGAGGAGAGCUUCAACAUCACCCUCAGCUUACCGAUAGGUGGCCGUCUGGGCCAGGAGUUCCCCACCACUCGGGUCACCAUCCUGCCAGACUUGGAUGACACUCCUGUUUUUUACUUUGGUGACAUGGAGUACCACGUAGAUGAGAGUGACAACUUUGUGGAAGUACGUGUGUGGAGGACUGGGACUGACCUCUCCAAAACAGCCACUGUCACCGUCCGCUCCAGGAAAACUGACCCCAUAUCAGCUGAAGCUGGCGUGGACUAUGUGGGAAUCAGCCGAAACCUAGACUUUGCCCCAGGGGUGAACAUGCAGACUUUCCGUGUGGCCAUCCUGGAUGACUUGGGCCAGCCUGUUCUGGAGGGGACGGAGAAGUUUGAGCUGGUCCUCCGCAUGCCUGUGAAUGCCAUUCUAGGAGAGCCUAGCAAGGCCACUGUCUUCAUCAAUGACUCUGUGUCAGACUUGCCAAAGGUCCAGUUCCGUGAAGCAGUGUAUGUGGUGAAUGAGCAUGAGGGUCAAAUCUCGGCCAUGGUGCACCGCAGUGGUGACGUCAGCUUCAGAUCCACAGUGAGAUGCUUCACUCGGCAGGGCUCUGCUCAGGUCGCGGUGGACUUUGAUGAGAGGCCAAACACUGAUGCCUCUGUCAUCACCUUCCUACCAGGGGAGGUUGAGAAGCCAUGUGUCCUGGCACUGGUCGAUGACACAGUUCACGAGGAGGAUGAGGAGAUGCGGCUGGUCUUGAGGAGCCACAAGAGUAGCUCUCCAUUGGGAGCAUCUGUUGGGGCUCAGAGCGAGACGCUGGUCAAAAUAAAGGACAACGCCGACAAGCCCAUCAUUAAGUUUGGGGAGACCAAGUUCAGCGUGAGUGAGCCCAAGGAGAGUGGCCAGAUGUCGGCAGUGAGGAUCCCGGUGCUCCGAGUGGGCGAUGCAUCCAAGGUGUCGGUGGUCCGCGUGCACACCAAGGAUGGAUCUGCCACAUCUGGGGAUGACUACCACCCUGUGUCUGAGGACAUUGUGUUCAAGGAGGGGGAGACACAACACAUUGUGGAGGUGGAGAUUCUGUAUGAUGGUGUGCGGGAGAUGAGAGAGGCCUUCACUGUCCAUUUGAAGCCUGAUGAAAAUAUGGUGGCUGAAACUCAGAUGAGUAAAGCCAUCGUCUACAUUGAGGAGACUAACAGCAUGGCGGAUGUCACUUUCCCCUCUGUGCCCCAAGUGGUGUCCCUGCUGCACUACGACGACAUGAGCAGGACCAAGGAUGGCCUGCAAAUCCCAUCUGGAUACCCUGUCGUCUGUGUUACGGCUUGUAACCAGAAAUACUCAGACUACGAAAAGACAGGCUCUAUCUGCGUCAGCGAACACAUCAAUGACACCCUCACCCGGUACCGCUGGCUUGUGAGCGCCCCUAAGGGGUCCGAUGGUGUCACCAGCCCGAUGCGUGAAGUGGAUUUCGACACCUUCUUCACCUCCUCCAAGCGCAUCACCCUGGACUCCAUCUACUUCCAGACCGGGUCGCGGGUCCAAUGCGCCGCCCGUGCCGUUAACUCCAAUGGAGAUGAAGGCCUGGAGCUCAGCAGCCCCAUCGUGUCCAUCAGCAUGGAGGAAGGCUUGUGCCAGCCCCGUAAAGUGGGCACAGUGGGCGCUGAGCCUUUCUCAGCCAAACUACGCUACACGGGAGCAGAUGACCCUGACCAUGCCAACCUCAUCAAACUGACGGUCACCAUGCCCCAUAUGGACGGCAUGCUGCCGGUGGUGUCGACACGGAUGCUGUCUAACUUUGAGCUGACGUUGAGCCCCGACGGCACUCGGGUGGGCAACCACCGUUGCUCCAACCUGCUGGACUUCAACGAAGUGACCACCCGCCACGGCUUCCUGACCGACAGCAUCAAGAGCCCCGAGCUUAUUGGAGAGACCUCACCAUACCAAUACAGUUCAGCCUUGAGAGGCGCCAACACACUGCGCUUCUACAAGAACCUCAACCUGGAAGCCUGUCUGUGGGAGUUUGUCAGCUACUACGACAUGUCCGAGCUGCUGACAGACUGCGGGGGUACCAUUGGCACUGAUGGGCAGGUGCUGAACCUUGUCCAAUCAUACGUGACUCUGCGGGUUCCACUCUAUGUAUCCUAUGUUUUCCAUUCCCCUGUGGGCACCGGAGGAUGGCAGCACUUUGAUCUGCAGUCUGAGCUGCGCCUCACCUUUGUGUACGACACUGCCAUCUUGUGGAAGGAGGGCAUCAGCAGCCCUCCCCAAGCAGAACUGCAAGGUGCCCUGUACCCGACCAGUAUGCGCAUCAAUGAGCAGGGCCGCCUCGUGGUCAACUUUCGCACAGAGGCACGCUUCCGAGGUCUCUUUGUGACAUCACAUCCAGCCUCCCCUCUGGCAUCCAUGAUCAUGUGUGCAGACCACCCUGGCCUGACAUUCAACCUGACCCUGGUGAGGACUGAGCCCACCUACAACCAGCCCCUGCAGCAGUGGACUUUCAUCUCUGACUUUGCUGUACGGGACUACUCAGGCACAUACACAGUAAAGCUGGUCCCCUGCACAACCACCCCCAGCCUGGAGUACAGCAUCCCCCCUGUCUGCAGCCCCAGAGAACCCAUCACUUUCGACCUGGACAUCCGCUUCCAGCAGGUGAGUGACCCUGUGGCUGUGGAGUUCAGCCUGAACACACAGAUGUUCCUGCUGUCCAAGAAGGCCUUGUGGCUGUCGGAAGGGACCAUGGGCUUCGGAGAGGAGAGCGACGCCGCUUUCUCAGAGGGAGAUAUAAUCUAUGGUCGAGUGAUGGUGGAUCCAGUGCAGAACCUGGGUGACUCCUUCAUCUGUAACAUUGAGAAAGUGUUCCUGUGCACUGGGGCUGACGGAUAUGUCCCCAAAUACAACCCCUCCAAAGCUGAGUUUGGCUGCUUGGCAGACUCCCCUUCCCUCCUCUACAGAUUCAAGAUCAUCGAUAAGGCUCAGCCUGAGACACAGGCCAGGAAUUUUGGGGAUGUGGACUUCGGUGCCCUCCUGGCUGUGGAUGACCCGGAAGCACUUCCUCUGGUAAAGCAGCCUGGAUCAGACGGGUUCAGAGUGGAUUCCACUGCGAUGUUCCAGGUGUCUGCUGGGAGGGAGUGGUACAUCCACACCAUCUAUACAGUGCGCUCCAAGGAGAACGCAAACCGGGGCAUUGGGAAGAGAAGCCUGGAAUACCACUCGCUGGCGCAAAGCAGUGAUCUGGCCGUGGCCCGUGGGGCUCGCACCAAGAGGUCAGCCAAUGAGGUGCCAGGCGUGGUGGAGGAUAUCGGUGUGGAGAACAACAGGGGCACCAACAUCAUGCACAUCGCGCUGGACCGCACCAGCCGCCGGGCGGGGACUGGCAGGGACCUGUCCACCGUCGGCCUGGUCCCGCAAGAGCUCAGCGGCCAGGAUGGCGAAAGGGGGCUGGUGACGACCGUGGGCGCGCUGGUGGGCCUGCUGCUGACCGUCCUCAUCAUCAUCAUCCUCGCUCUGCUGGUGCGUUCCAAGCAGAGUAAAAAGAAGGAGGUGCCAAAAGGCUCGAGCAGCAGGGAGCCAAUGGUGACGCAGGGAUUCGCGAGCAAUGACAGUUCAGAAGUCUGA